GUGAUAUUGAGAAAAAGUGCCUUCUUCACGAUCGCAAACUACUCCUCUAGACUUCUGCAGUAUUAUCCAUAAAAAAUGGUUGAGGCAUACGUUGUACCCCUGGCUAUCACCUGCAUUUGGGCCUUUAUCGGCAUAAUUUGCCCAUUCUUCGCUCGCGGACCAAACAAAGGUGUGAUUCAAUGCUGCCUGAUGCUAACUGCGGUAACCUGCUGGCUUUUCUGGCUCUGUUGCUACAUGACACAAAUGAAUCCAUUGAUUGGACCCAAUCUUUCGAUGAAUGAGAUCAUGAUAAUGGCCAGGGAAUGGGGCCACGAAAUCAAGGACACGGUCAAUGUCGUUGUGUAGGUGGAAGUCGUCCUAAAUGUCACAUGUGUUGAUUUGUUAAUAUCGUUAUAUAUAUUUAUGCAUACAUUCUUUUUGCAACGUAUAUACGUUAAAUUUAAUUUCGCUUUACGAAAUAAACAAGGCACUACACAAAAAGCCUA